UAUAUCGAAGUUUUCGAUUCGGACUUGGACGAGUGAUUAUAUCGGUUUUUUGUUUUGUUGCUUUUCAAAUUCAGAAUUUUCUUGGACUUGAGGAAAUUGUAAAUCAAAUGUGUUAAUAAUUGGCUAUCUUACAUGUUUAAAAUAUAAACUAUACAUAAGCAAUGGUUAACCUAAGUCCAUUUGUUUAUUGGGCGCAAACUGAUAAAAAUAUAUCAUUGAAAAUAGAUUUAAAAAAUGUUACGAAGCCGAAUCUAAAUGUAGUCGAUAAUAAAAUAAAAUUUUCGGCGCAAGGUGUUGGUGCUCAUGGUGAAACUUUAUACGAAUUCAGUUUGGACUUAUUUUCUUCAUUAAAGCCAAAUAACAAUGAAGAGACUAAGAUUGUAAGACUAUUUGAAAACAGGGUUGAAGUGGUAUUAAAGAAGGAGAAAGUGGCAUGGUGGCCCAGACUUACGGCUCAGCCUCAGAAGCCAGCAUGGUUGAAGAUUAACUUCGAUCUGUGGAAAUCAGAAGACGCUUUGGAUAGUGAGGACGAGUGCGAGGAAGAGAGUAGGGACGUGAUGAAAGACUACCCGGGCAUGUACGAUAUGUUGCAAAAGGAAGAGAUGGGCUAUAGAAAAGAAGACUACAAAAAGGUGUACCUGGCUCUGUACAACCUGGUGCAAUUCAUCGGCUUCACAUAUGUGCUGACUGUCAUGACGGUCAGAUAUAUCAAGUUGGAGUAUGACUCAGUGGCUGGUACAUAUGAGCAUGUUGGCUCCGCUAUGAAGUUCCUUCAGCUGCUGAUGUAUUUGGAAGUCAUGCAUCCAAUUUUUGGAUACACUAAGGGCGGCGCACUGGUGCCUUUCUUUCAAGUAAGCGGGCGCGCCUUCGUGCUGUUCGCGAUGAUAGAGUCGGAGCCGCGCAUGCAGACCAAGCCCGUCGUGUGCUACCUCUUCAUAAUUUGGAGCACCAUCGAAGUCAUCAGGUACCCAUACUACAUAAGCCAGCUGUACAAAAAAGACAUCUACAUACUGACCUGGCUAAGGUACACUAUGUGGAUUCCCCUGUACCCGCUCGGAAUGCUCUGCGAGUCCAUAGUGAUACUGAGAAACAUACCAUACUUCGAAGAAACAAACAGAUUCACCAUUUCAAUGCCAAACGAAUGGAACUUUGCCUUCCACAUGCCUUCGUUCUUGAGAAUUUAUUUGUUGCUUCUUAUGUUCCCCGGUCUGUACUUGGUUAUGAAGCAUAUGCACAGACUUAGAAUUGUUAAGUUGAGACCAAAGAUUGUCAUCAAGAAAUGUAAAUAAAUAAGUUAGUCUGUCUGCCGUGAAAAUACGAAAAAUAUAGCCUAUGGAUGGGGGAGGGGGGCAGUAAUUGGUAAUUAGUGAGCUAUACUUAUAUUGAUUAUUUCACAUUACAAAUUGAUACUGUCCGACUAAACUUCUGCCCGUACCUCGCUACACCCAUGCUUACAAAUAAGGCUUUCUAUUGGUUAAAAGAAUUUUCAAGUUUACCUACAGACCCUACAAUACCACAAACUUUAUAAUAUUAGUAUAGAUUUCAUUUGAUUAAUCAUAAAUUAAUAUUAAAUAGUUUUAUUGAUUAAUCUUAUGUAGCUUCAUUGAUUCAUGAUAAAUAAUUUUAUUGAUUAAUCAUAAAUACCAUAAUUGAUUAAUCGUAAAUAAUUUUUACUUGGCACCCUAACACUUAUGUAGUGUCUAUGAAGCAGAUGUGACGUAUUGCAAAGUGACCAAAUAUGACGUGUAGCGUUCAUUCAUAGACAAUACACAUGACACAAGCUCAUAAACAUGUAAUAAUGUGUUAUGGUACCAUUUAAAGUAAUUUAAAUAUGUAUAAAUAUUAAAGAAGCGAAAGUGAUUUAUUUUGUUUGUAACGUUUUCACACCUAAUUACUGUGAAAUUUUAUUGAUUUAAAUAGAUACAGAACAGGAUGAAUUUUCUGAUGAAAUCUUUCAAGCACGAAUGAAGCUACGGGCUAUAGUUAGUAGUUAAAUAUUGAUAAUAAUAAUUUAUUAACAUCUAUCUGUGUUUCUAUAAAUAUAUUAAACAUAAUGUGUAUGUACAUUUAAUGAAAAAACUGAAAAUAAUAUACGGACAUGAGAUUAGGUCCUAAGAUAAGAAAACUAAUUUUAGAUAUGUCUGUGUGUGUGUGUGUUCUUGCUUAUCACCGAAACUAGUAUUUUGUGUGCAAAAGAAGACAAAUUGAUUAAUUUAAGAUAAAGGAUAUUGGUAAUUAGUAAUUACUAGCAACAUCAUAUUACACACAAUCAUGUAAUUACUUUAGAACAAAUAUAUUUUGUAAUUACACUUCUAAAAUAAAUGUGUAAUUUUAUACCUAUUACAUAAAUAUAAACCAUAUUUGUUUUAGCUGUCAACAUAAUGUAUUGAAUUAAAAUAUUGUUGAAAACAUGAUUUAGCUUAAUAAUGUAAAUAUUUGUCAAAAAUAAGUAAAUAAAGAUCCUAAGCAAAUAAUUAAUUACUAUAACUGUUUAGGAACACAUCAACACCUAACUCACCAACAAUUUUUUUUAUUUAAGUACGUAAAACUAUCAUUUUGUUAUUUACCUUAGAUGUAUUUAGAAAUAUAAAAUCAUUAAACAUUUAAGGAUAUCUAUUAGGAUAGGUAUUUAUUACAUUAUUACUAGAAGAAUUAAAACCAUCCAAAUUAUUACUAGAACAAUUAAAACCAAAUAAAAUGGGUUUUGCCAAAACACUUGUAACACAACACAAAACACACAGAACACAAUUGUGUAGUUUUACAAAUGCAUAAACAUGACAUUUCCUUUUAAUUUUGCUUUGAAAUAAUGGAAAUUGUAUGUACAUUUAAAAAAUAAAUUGGAUAAUCAAAUUGAUUACAUUUUAAAAAAUAAUUUGAAUAAUCAAAUUGUUUAAAAAAACAUUUUUUUUUUAUCUUAUUGUGAUUUCAAGCUUUUGUGCAAUUUUUAUGGUUGUUUAUUAGAGUAAAAUAAUAUUCACUUAAAUAAUUAGGAUUAGGUAAAUAAAUUAAAAUACUGAUAUACUCAUAAUUACAAUGUUAUACCUACCUUUACUUUGCAUUUAAAUAUAUACGUAACAUAUGUACCUUAUACUUCCUUGUUUCCUGAUAAUUAAAUAAUUAUUUUUUGUUCUCCAUUAUGAUUUACAUUCGUUGGUAAUUAUUAUGUUUAUAUUUUUAUAAAAUAUAAAGAAAAUAUAUGAUGCAUUUUCUUUUGUUGUGUGUUUUUGUCAUACCUAAAUAGAGUCCCUAGUUUUACACAGGACUUCCGAAAAUAGAAUACAUCUAUAUUACUAAUGUCAUAACUUGAAAAUGGUAAAAGUUUGUAGGUAUGUUUGUUAGUCAAUCAAACAAAACACUAAUUGCCAAUGACUGAUUUUGACGAAAUU